UGACUGAAGAAAUUUUUUCUAAUGAAUAUACGCCGAUGCGGGUGUUACCAUAAGGGCAGGAUCUGGCGGUCGGUGGGAAACCAGUGGACUCGAGGGCGGAUCGAAGCAGAGUUGUAUGAACAAGACAGUAGAGUACGGCCGAUAUUGGUGCGAACUACAACAGUUUUAGUUGAAAAUCCAACCAGAAUUUCGGCUAAUUUCCCUGGGAUAUAAUUCAACGAUGACGGGCCGGUUGACGUGACAGUGAAGUUUUGCUAACAAACCAAGGAAACAAAUUGCUAGUCUCAAUUUUCACUGCGAUCGUAGCAAUCCAUGAUCACUUCAAAAACAUAUUUUCCAAACGUCUACACUGGCCCUAUCAAAAUGAAUAAAUCCCCUUCAACGCUGGAACUGGACUGGCCGGAAACCCUCCAGCAUGUGGUUUUCCGCGAGAUAGGUACGCACUCCGCCCGCCAGAGUCGCUUUCCGCAGGCGAUUUUGAAUCUGCGUAAAGCAACCGUAGCCAACCCGGACGCCGUGGACUGUCAUUGGCGGAAGGCUUCCGCCGAGUUGGGAAAUUCGGCGUUCCGUGAGGCACUGGUAAGCUGCCGAGAUGGACUGGCUGCGCAGGCGAGGUGUCAAGAGGACGGUGCUGGCGCGGAAUUACUUAUCCCUUGUGCGCUGUUGCAGAGUAAGACUUUGUUUGAGCUGGCGGAUUUCGAGGAGCACAUUAAGAUGACGUUCAGAAAUAAGGAUCUAGUUCCUUGCGGACAUCGAAGGAAUGAUUUCGAGGCGGAAUUGAGAUUGGCUUUAUCGGUGUACGAGAAAACAUUGGGGAGAAAAGCUGGAAACUGUCUCUAUGAAUUAAAAAACAGAAUAGCAGAGAUCAGUAAGAAAACGGACAGCACUCAGAAUUCAGAUGAUCGUCCGGAAUGGAAGAUCCGGAGGGAGAAAGGAGAGUGUGAUGCGGUCAGCAUUAUCGAAGUCGAUGGUAGUACUAAAACUCACAUUCGCGAAAAGAAACUAACGGCGAAAAAUACGAGAAUGCUUGGGCAGAUGUAUCUGAACAAAACUGGUGAAGAUUUGGAAUUUCUUCGAUCACUGAGAGAAGGUGGACAAUUUGCAAAGGUUGUUCAGUUGCCCCAAACUCGAGAAAGUUCAGCUGCCCUUAUCGAAACGAUAGACAAUUGCUAUCAAAAGGUACUCGCUAGUCUAAACCAACUUCGCGCCGCUGCUCCGGUCUAUGCCUACCGAAGGAAUCAGUUCGGAACUACGGCCAGGGCAAAGGCAUACAAGGAUGAGAAUAUGUUCAGGUAUCGCUACAAGACCUACAGAGACGCUCACAACCAACUGGACCGCAUGCACGAAUUGAGAAACAAAGGAUCUAUCCCGAAACUGGUGGAAUUUGCCGAAGCUACCCUGUGGAACUAUUAUCAGAUUAAAACCGAUCGCGUAUUUCCAGAUCGGUACAAGUUUGUAACCGAAAUCUGCAACCUGAUUGGCCUAGCCAUGUUAGACCAGUUACGGAUUCCUCCGUCGCUAAUGGACAAACCUCUAGAGGAUCGCUUGCACGUUCUGUUUGAUCUUCCCCUUUUCCACCAUGAAGAGGUGGUUUUGCCUGCCUUCGGGGAUAUAUCUACUUAUCGCGACCCAGCUGCUCCGGAUUAUACGUACAUGGCGUACAAGGAUCGUUUAAUCAGUUUGGAAGAACGAAUCGGCUACAGCCGCUAUCCUAUCGAAAGAGCAUUUUUGUUACACGAAAUAUGUCGCAGUUAGUUGAACGCCAACAAGCUAAACGAAGCCCGCAAUGUGGCCUGUCGAGUAAUAGAGGAGGCAACUGAAGCCGGCAGCAAUCUGUGGUACUUCAUGGGUGUGCUAAUACUGGUCAAAGCCGAUUGCUCACAGAGGAAUGUGGAGAAAUUGUCCAGCUCGCUCGAAGAAGCCGCCGAAGCCGCGUACCUACUGGGAGAUAGCCGGCUAACUCACCUGAUCGAGUUAGCUCAAAUUAUUAACAGAAACAUCAUUGACAAAAAGGCUCGCAGAAAUACUAUCAAAUUCAGUCGAGUACAAUUGCCAUAGUCCUAGCGGAUUACCUUUCGUGUUCUCCCC